AUGGAGCAAACUUCUGAGAAGCUUACUGCCGAGCGUGCCGGCGCUCCCCGCCGUAGCUCACGGAUCUCCCGGGCUUCUCUCAGCGGAGAUUGGUCCAAUCUGGACGAGUAUGGCAAGCUUGUCAAGUACGUGUCUACUUUCAAAGACGCCAGUGCAGCCGAUGAACAACAAGGGGACGUUGUCGAAAAGCGAUUGUGGUAUGCUCCGUGGAAGAAGCGCAAAGUUCGCGUGAAGAAGCUCGAGGGUGAAACCGGCAAGUUCCCUGACGAAUGGAAAAUCACCGAUAUUCGGGAGGGUCUAUCGAGCGAGGAGGUUCCCCUUCGUCGGCGUCGGGCUGGUUGGAACGAGUUAACAUCCGAGAAGGAGAACCCGAUUGCGAAGGUUCUAUCUUAUUUCCAGGGUCCAAUUCUUUAUGUGAUGGAACUGGCGGUUCUGCUUGCUGCGGGUCUGGAUGACUGGGUUGACUUCGGUGUGAUUAUCGGUAUCCUAUGUUUGAACGCAGCGGUUGGUUGGUAUCAAGAAAAGCAGGCGGCGGAUGUGGUUGCCAGUUUGAAAGGAGACAUCGCCUUGCGAGCUCAAGUCAUACGCGACAGCGCUCAGCAGGAGUGUCUAGCGCGAGAGUUAGUUCCCGGCGAUGUGGUCAUUAUCGGAGAAGGCCAGGUUGUACCCGCUGACUGCAGAGUCAUCUGUGACUUCAAAGAUACCCAUGGCUGGGAAGAGUUCAAUCAACUUGAAGAGCAAGGCAUGCUUGGCGGAGGCUCGGAUUCAGAUGAUGAAAAUGAUCCAACCAAGGGUGAGAAAGAAGACCACGGAGAUGCAAAAGCUAAAGAAGCCGAUGGACAUGGUGAGGAUGGCGAAGAGAAGCCGGCGAGCCAACCUCGCAGACGUGGCUAUCCCAUCCUGGCCUGCGAUCACUCGGCCAUAACAGGUGAAUCUCUUGCCGUGGAUCGUUACAUGGGAGAUAUGAUCUUCUAUACCACUGGAUGCAAACGCGGCAAAGCAUUCGCGGUUGUUCAAACUGGCGCGAGAACCUCCUUUGUUGGCCGAACAGCAACGAUGGUACAAUCAGCCAAGGGUGCGGGCCACUUCGAGCUCGUCAUGGAUAACAUCGGCACAAGUUUGUUGGUGCUUGUUAUGGCAUGGAUCCUUGCUGCUUGGAUUGGCGGUUUCUUCCGACAUAUUCCCAUCGCCUCGCCUGGUCAACAGACAUUGCUUCACUAUACCCUAUCUUUGUUGAUCAUUGGAGUGCCCGUCGGUCUCCCGGUUGUGACAACAACGACUAUGGCAGUGGGUGCCGCGUAUCUCGCCAAAAAGAAAGCCAUCGUGCAAAAGUUGACAGCGAUUGAAUCGCUAGCUGGCGUUGACAUCCUGUGUUCGGAUAAAACUGGCACCUUGACAGCAAACAAAUUGAGUAUCCGGGAGCCAUAUGUGGCGGAAGGUGUUGAUGUCGACUGGAUGUUCGCCGUUGCCGCACUCGCAUCCUCGCACAAUAUUGAAUCGCUAGAUCCAAUCGAUAAAGUCACUGUUUUGACGCUGAGACAGUAUCCGCGUGCUCGUGAAAUCAUGCGUCGUGGCUGGAAGACUGAAAAAUUCACACCGUUUGAUCCCGUGUCUAAACGUAUUGUCACCGUUGCUGUGUGCGAUGGAAUUCGGUACACUUGCACAAAGGGUGCACCGAAAGCGGUGCUUCAAUUGACGAGCUGUUCCAAGGAGACCGCUGAGGUAUACAAAGCCAAAGCGCAAGAAUUUGCGCAUCGAGGCUUCCGCUCCCUUGGUGUCGCGGUUCAAAAGGAAGGUGAAGAUUGGGCCUUGCUUGGAAUGUUGCCUAUGUUUGAUCCACCACGCGAAGACACGGCUCAAACAAUUAGUGAAGCGCAAAACCUUGGCAUCAGUGUGAAAAUGCUGACAGGUGAUGCUAUCGCUAUUGCAAAAGAGACUUGCAAAAUGCUGGCUCUGGGAACCAAGGUGUACAACUCGGACAAAUUGAUUCACGGAGGUCUGAGUGGUGCCAUGGCUAGCGAUCUUGUCGAAAAGGCAGAUGGCUUUGCUGAAGUUUUCCCCGAACACAAAUAUCAAGUCGUGCAAAUGUUGCAGGAGCGAGGCCAUCUCACCGCAAUGACAGGUGAUGGCGUGAAUGACGCACCCUCUCUGAAGAAAGCAGACUGCGGGAUUGCAGUCGAAGGUGCAUCUGAAGCCGCUCAAUCUGCAUCAGACAUCGUGUUUCUUGAGCCUGGCUUAUCAACAAUCAUUGAUUCGAUCAAGGUUGCUCGUCAAAUCUUCCAUCGCAUGAAGGCAUAUAUCCAAUAUCGCAUUGCUCUCUGCUUGCAUUUGGAGAUAUAUCUUGUGACGUCGAUGAUUAUUCUGAACGAGAGUAUCCGAGUUGAACUGAUCGUUUUCUUGGCUUUGUUUGCUGAUCUCGCGACAGUCGCUGUUGCAUAUGACCAUGCAUCAUUUGAGUUGCGACCUGUGGAAUGGCAACUUCCAAAAAUCUGGUUCAUUUCUAGUCUUCUCGGUGUUUUGCUUGCAUUGGGCACCUGGGUGGUCAGAGGCACCAUGUUCUUGAAAAACGGAGGCAUCAUCCAGAACUGGGGUGCCAUUCAAGAAGUAUUGUUCUUGGAAGUGGCCCUGACGGAGAACUGGCUGAUAUUUGUCACUCGCGGGAGUGAAACUUGGCCAUCCAUUCACUUGGUGACUGCGAUUUUUGGUGUGGAUGUCCUAGCUACCAUCUUCUGUCUGUUUGGAUGGUUCUCCAACGAGAACAUGAAGACCAACCCAGCUGACCACUUUGUUGAGACUAAGAAUGGCUGGACCGACAUUGUCACUGUUGUACGAAUCUGGGGCUAUUCUCUUGGCGUGGAAAUCGUCAUUGCCCUGGUAUACUUCAUCUUGAACAAAAUCAAAUGGCUGGACAACUUGGGCAGAGUUCAGCGUGACAAAGGUGAGAUCAAGAUCGAGAAUUUGCUUGCCCAUUUGUCUCGCUUGACGGUUGAAUAUGAGGAGAAUGGUAAGCCGACCGGCCGAUUUUGCCUGGCUGCAUCCAAGGAGGAGGAGGAGGCCGAGUAA